AUGACGGAAACUGACGGUAUCCAGCUCAAAAAAGCCACCCGCGCCAAAGGAAAUGGCGUCGACAACCAGGCUUUUGAAGUAGAGGAGGACAACAUUUCUGAUACUAACAGCAUCAAAAGGCAGACCCAAAAGACUAAAAAGGGAUUUCAAUCAUACUUAAGCCAAGUUUCCAAGCCGAUAAAUGCCACAGAGGAUUACAUCAAGGCUCAUUCACAAACCUUUAAAUAUGUUGUGCUGGGCAUACUUGGAGCAGGUUAUGUGGCAUACUUCAUUGCAGCCUGUGUAUUGGAUUUCCAGAGGGCCAUCGCUCUUCUAGUCCUCACCAGUUUAGCUGUUGUUGCUAAAUCAUAUGAACUUGUGAAGGAGUACAAAGGAGAAAGCAUCAGUCAGUGUUUCAGACCCGCAGUUAGAUGCUUUACAUCUAACCUAAAAUGGUUAAAAUGGGUUUUCAACCUAGCAGCUGCGGUCCUGCUUCUUCUGUGGCUCGUCUUAGACACAAGACAGCGUCCUGAGCAGUUUAUCUCGUUUGGAGGUGUGUGCAUGUUCAUCGUGCUUGUGUAUCUCUUGUCAGCACACAGGACAGCGGUGUCAUGGAGGCCUGUGUUUUGGGGACUCGGGUUGCAGUUCUGUAUCGGCCUUUUUGUUAUAAGAACACAGCCUGGAUUCAUCGCGUUCGAUUGGCUUGGAAAGCAAGUGACGAUAUUCCUUGACUAUACCAAAGAAGGGUCAGGUUUUGUUUUUGGGGAUCUGAUCAAAAACAUUUUUGCCUUCCAAGCUCUGCCCAUUGUUGUUUUCUUCAGCAGCGUGAUGUCAAUCCUUUACUUUUUGGGAAUAAUGCAGUGGCUCAUUUUGAAGAUCUCAUGGGUUAUGCAGAUAACGAUGGGAACCUCUCCCACAGAGACCUUGAGUGUUGCAGGCAAUAUAUUUGUUGGGCAGACUGAAGCUCCGCUGCUGAUUCGCCCUUAUUUGAGUGACAUGACCAAAUCUGAGAUCCAUGCUGUUAUGACUGGUGGAUUUGCAACCAUUGCAGGCAGUGUCAUGGGGGCAUUCAUCUCAUUUGGGAUUGAUGCAUCCUCCUUGAUAUCAGCCUCAGUAAUGGCUGCACCUUGUGCUUUGGCCAUCUCCAAACUUUCUUACCCAGAGACAGAGGAGAGUCGCUUCAAGUCAGAGAAGAAUAUCAAAGUGGCUUGUGGAGAUGAAAAGAACAUCUUGGAGGCUGCUAGCAGUGGAGCAUCUGCUUCAAUAGCCCUUGUUGCUAACAUUGCCGCAAAUUUGAUAGCCUUUCUUGCCAUCCUUGGGUUCAUAAAUGCAUCUUUGAGUUGGUUUGGCAGUAUGGUGGGAUAUCCUUCAAUCACAUUUGAGAUCAUUUGCUCUUAUGUAUUCAUGCCGGUGGCCUUUAUGAUGGGAAUACCAUAUGAGGAGACUUUCAUUGUGGCUGAACUAAUUGGGACAAAGCUUUUUCUCAAUGAAUUUGUGGCUUAUCAGAAACUAUCUGCACUGAAGGACAACAGAAUCAAUGGACUUGAUCAAAUUGUUGGAGACAAAAGACAAUGGAUAUCUAUUCGAUCAGAAAUAAUCGCCACUUAUUCUCUUUGUGGGUUUGCCAACUUAAGCUCCCUGGGUAUUAUGAUUGGAGGCCUGUCCUCAAUAUGCCCUUCCAGAAGAGGUGAUGUCUCCUCUAUGGUGAUGAGAGCUAUGCUCACUGCGACCUGUGUAUCUCUCAUCAAUGCUUGCAUUGCAGGGAUCCUCUUUGUUCCUCCACUUGACUGUGUGGAGCUGUUCACUCCAUCUGCUUUCAAUGCCAUGGAUGUAAAUAUACAAACUUGCUGCCAGGACCUCUUUGAAAACACUGUUAUCAAUGGGACCAUCUCGUUCGAAGGAUCGUGGAGCACAGUAGCAAACGCCACUGUGUUUCUCUCUAAAUGUUGUCAGUGCUGUGGUCUUUCUGAUGUGGCAGUUUGUAGUUAGAGGAGAGAAAGAUGUACCGGUGUCUGUUUUUGAUACUGUAGUUCAUUUACACGUCUCUCUCUCUGUUGUAUAUUUGUAUCACAGUUAAUGUAAAAAUGGGACACAAGAUGAGUGUAUCUUUCAUGUAUUGUUUUAUUUAAAUCCAAGGAUUUAAA